AUGGGUGAGUUUUUGCAGGUUGUUCCAAAUGAGUUCCGGUUGCAAAUGGAACUUGCAAUUCACUUCUGGAAUGAAGCUGGAGUGGAACUUCCUUUUGAGUUGGUAUUAAAUGCGCGUGAUGGUUCUUGGAAUAUCAAUGUGCUAUAUGAGCGUCAUUUUGGUGUUGUUUUUGGAGAGAAUAGGUUUUGUGUUUUAAUGUGGGUUUGCGCUGAGAAUGCCUUUGAACUACCUCAAUCUAUUACACUUCCAUGUGGCGUUGAAGAAGUUUGUGAGUUAAAAUUGCGUAGCUCCAAAGGCAUGUUUAUAGUUAACGCUAAGACGAACAUUGAUGGUAACUGGGUUCUGUUUGGUAACGAAUGGAAACGGCUUGUUGGUGCUCAUAAUAUAAAUUCAAAUGCUUACCUGAUAUUUCAAAAAGAGAAUGGUUUGAUGUAUGAUAUUAAAGUGUGUAGAGAGGCUGAUCCAUAUUUUGAGUUGAACAUUCAGGAGCAUCAUAAGAAUUGGGUGACUAUUCCAGCUGCAUUUAUUGACGUGUAUGAUGUCCGAAGCAUGAAAGUUGUGUUGAUUUCAUUGAAAGGGAGGUUCAAGUUGCAGGUUAAACAUUUUCGAGGCAGAGGAAGGAAGCAGAGCAAGCAUAUUGUGUUUGGAACUGGAUGGAAGGAUUUCUAUAAGAGAAACUAUCUUUCAAACGGUGCAAAAUGUAGAUUUCAAUUAAUGAAAGCCAGCGGGAAUCAAUCUGCAGACACCUUCAUGAUGAAUGUCGUAGUGAAGAAGUGA